CAGACUUGGACUUGAACUUAUAGUGUAACCUACUCUCUCUCUCUCCUAUUCACUUUAUCCUCUAUGGUUUCAUUUAGUGUAUAUCAAUCACUUCUCUCCUUCUCCUCUGCAAGUGUCUCUACUACCACAACAAAACUUACAACUGUUCUGACUCUCACAUGCAUUUCAAAACCUUUUCUUCUCUUUUUUGGUCCUCCCAACCUCCUUCAUCAACUCAUACUGCUGAUGACUUUGCAAAAUACUUCAUAAAUAAAACAAGAAACAUCAGUGACCAAUUCUACAUACUACAAAAUGACAAACUUCAUAACCACAAACAUUCAUUCUCUCUCCUCCUCUCCACUCUCGGAGGCAGUCAUUUGUAAACGUCCUUUCCAAACAUCCUAUUACAGAGAACAUCCGUGGUCUAUAAAACGGUCUACAUAUCAGCAUGUGAUACUCUUGAUCCAGUUGAACAGUAGCUCUCGGCUGCAGUUUGGUUGGUGCACAAGUAUUUGUUGAUAUAAACACAAAUACCUCCUACUAUUCUCUUACUGGAGUCAUGUGUGAGGCAUCUCUGGGCAUUGGUAUAAACCAGUAGGUGCGCAGUCCAAUCUGUGUACGACACCAAAGUACCAUGAGCAGAUGCUCUGCAAGCUUUCAAAUCACUCUCGUGGUACAUUGAUGUCAAAUGGCGAUGAUCCUGCUUACCUCUGUGUCAUGCUGGGUACACAUCAAAAAAUAAUUGGGGGAUUUUGGGCCGAUUUCCCCCCUUCCGACAAGCCUAGCUAUCUCCCGAUUAUUUUGAUGGUUCUACAGAUUAUCUUAACAGAUUUUCCCUUGGUGUGAGGUGUGUUAAGAGUGUCCAAACCUGGAUCGGAAGAACGUCGGUGCCGCCCCGAUCGCGAAUUGUAAAUAUUCAACAUGCCCCUUGCUUCCUGAACACUACCUGACCUUCACAUAUCCUGCAGCACGACAAAAUAAACAGAUCCCCUGUUUAUUUUGGACAAUUUACCAUUCAGACACUUUUAUUUCCUGUUUUGGUUAUUUUGCUCUUAAUAAAAACCAUUUCGAGGCCUGAUGCCACCCACACUGUGUCUGUCGUUUGCUCCUCCUGCCACACUGGUGGAGAAUGCAGGCAAGGCGGAGCCUAGACAGCACAGUUGGGCAACACCUGGUGACAUUUAUUCCCUCUUGCUCGCAAAAGUUUGCGAAAACUUGGACUGGGACGGAGGGAUGAUGGAGACGGCCUCCCGGCCACAAAAGGGGAAAUUGACGUCUCUUCUAUUGUCAUUUAUGCUGUGGUUGGUAGAGGCUGUUGACUAACACCUGGUUUCUCUGUCCCUGUUCUGGCGAGGUGCGAGAAGGAGAAUGGCCAGGAGAGGAAUCCCUGCCCCGCCCACUCUGACCGUUUGGAGCCUGGUUGAGGAUGGCAGCACUCCCAUGCGGGCGGCUGACCGAUGACGGGGAUGUGGUUUGGUGGAGGGAUGUGACGAGUCAUUUGCCUCCCUUGUAAUUAUCAUCAUCACCCCUUUUCUGAAUCAAUGCCCUUCACCAGGCUCCAGACAAGAGUGGGUGUGUGAGAGAGGAGGGGUGCUGGAUGAGCCAGAGUUGGUGGCAUGUGAUGGAGCACACCUGAUACAAAUGGAGCCUCAUCACUGCCGCCAUUUGAAUGGCGAGCGCUCCUCUCCUCUCCUUUGGGAGACUUUUCCCCGUGAAUGCACGCUGGUGUACUCGUGGGUCCCAGAAGGAUCUGUUGUUGCUGAAAGAGGAGAAUCAAGAUGCGAAUGAAAUGGAACAGACAUAUCUGAAUGAGAAAAACCCUGAUUUCAUAACUGGUAAAGAAGCCACACAAACAGCAGCUAUACGUAAAAGAGCUCAGAAAACCAAAUCUACCAGCUCUUUCACCUGCCAUCAUUGUGGAAGGAGUUUCAAUGAAAAACGAAAACUUAAAACGCACAUUAGAUUUCACACUGGAGAGAGACCAUUCACCUGUCAACAGUGUGGAAAGAGCUUUGCUCACCAAGGGGCCCUUAAAAGGCACAUGAGAACUCACACAGGAGAAAAGCCUUACACUUGCCAACAGUGUGGAAACAGUUUCACUCAGAAAGGAUCUCUUAAUAAUCACAUGAGAAUUCACUCAGGAGAGAAGCCUUUCACCUGUCAACAGUGUGGAAAGAGUUUCACACAAAAAUCAUACAUUCAUAGACACAUGAGAUCUCACUCGGGAGAAAAGCCUUUCACCUGUCAGCAGUGUGGAAAGAGUUUUACACAGAAAAGCACCCUUCGUUCCCACAUGAGCAUUCACACUGGAGCAAAACCUUAUACAUGUGAACAGUGUGGAAAGAGUUUUUCUUCAAAACGAAACCUUAAAAUCCACAUGAGAAUUCACACUCAAGAGAAGCCUUACUCUUGCAAGUAUUGUGGGAAGAGUUUUACACAUUUGAGCAACCAUAAUUACCACAUGAGAGUUCACACUACACCUAAGUACACAUGUGAUUGUUGUGGAAAGACCCUCACAACAAAAUUUAGCCUUGAGUGUCACAAGAUUAAGCACUCUGGAAAGAAACCCUUCAAAUGUGAUCAGUGUGGAAGGAGUUACAUAUGUAAGGCAAGACUUAGUUACCACAUGAAGACUCAUUCGGCAGAGAAAUGCUGUAAAUGUGCUCAGUGUGGAAAGAGUUUCAGGAAUAAACGCAGCCUCAAUGCUCACGUUGAAAAACAACACGCACGAAAAAAGACAGUGGGAAGAGCUUCUCACAAAUAGAACAUUUUAAGAUUCACAUAUAGUAUGUGAGGAAUCGUGAACAAACUCGCAUGAGAUUUCAUUUUGGGGAGAACUAUUUUAAAUGCGAUCACUGUACGAAGUGUUUCUCAGUCAAAUUAAACAUGAAGACUCACUCUGGACAGAGACCUUUCACGUGUUUUCUGUGUGUUCCUGAAACAUUAAAGAAAAUCCUGGAAAUAAAGUGUGACUGUGACAAAAAGCACAUUUUAAAAAAGAAAUAAAGGAGCAAUUUUAAAAAUCAACAGCAUAUUCACUCUGGAGGAAGGCCUCAUGAACUGUGAUCAAUGUAAUGCAUUUCUUUUGACAUCAAACCCGAUAGACACACCUGAGAACUGGCUCUGUAAUGUAAGAUAGACUACGCUCACACCACAGCUUAUUAUGUACUGUAAUUGAUUAUGGCACCUUCAUAGCCAUGUCUUUUAUUUGUAUUUUUCACUUUUUUUUUUAUACUUGUCAUGAUCUCCUGUUUCCACACCUGUAGACUGUGUGGAGAUAUUGUGCCAUUCAGUUUACUGCUAACUUGGAAUCAAAACAUGACCUUUCUGUUUUAAUGCGAAAUGCCACAAUGUAACUAAAUGGUUUUAAAUAAAAUGGUGAAGUGCAUGAA